GACAAACCAUGACUGGGUACCUAGUUUCACUUACACUUUAUACUGAUUAUAUUAUUAUUAUAUGGUAAUUAAUAACUCGUAUUACAUUUAGUUAACAGGACUUUUUUUGGAUUUUUAUUUUUGGAGAUACAGAAGAGACUGAUUCUAUACAUCAAAUAGCUGGGGGUGCAUUUCUAUGUAGAACACCACCCGCUGCGUCAGCUCCAAACGCAGCACCGUCACUGAACCGCAGCCAGUGAGACCGAGAGACCCGGGGCAAAACCACCCAGGGAGGGGGCUGUUGACUCGGAUACCCUCACGGAGCUGUUGUCGCUGUUGUCCCGUGUCAAACAUGGCAGACACAGGCGGAGAGAGCCGCGAUGCGUUCUAGCAGUGAGCAUUAGCCUAGCUUUAGCAUUAGCCUCCCGACUGUCAACAUGGAGGAGGAGGACGCGGCAGCUGAUCCUUACCUCCCUUACGACGGGGGAGGCGACACCAUCCCUCUGCAUGAAAUAUCCAACAGAGGGUCUAACUACGCCAUGUCGAAUGGGGGCGGGGCCAGUAGCUCCACCCACCUGCUGGACUUCCUGGAGGAGCCCAUCCCUGGAGUGGGGACCUACGACGACUUCCACACCAUCGACUGGGUCCGUGAGAAGUGCAAGGACCGAGAGCGCCACCGCAAGAUCAACAGUAAGAAGAAGGAGUCGGCAUGGGAGUUCACAAAGAGCCUGUACGACGCGUGGUCUGGGUGGUUGGUGGUGACGCUGACUGGUUUAGCCUCAGGCGCUCUGGCCGGCCUGAUUGACAUAGCUGCAGACUGGAUGAAUGACAUAAAGGAGGGUGUGUGCCUGAGUGCCAUGUGGUUUAACCAUGAGCAGUGCUGCUGGACGUCCAACGAGACCACCUUCGCCGAGAGAGACAAGUGCCCCCAGUGGAAGAGCUGGGCUGAACUCAUCCUGGGACAGGCCGAGGGCCCAGGCUCCUACAUCAUGAACUACUUCAUGUACAUUUACUGGGCGCUGUCUUUUGCCUUUCUGGCCGUCUGCCUUGUCAAAGUGUUUGCUCCAUACGCCUGCGGCUCUGGGAUCCCUGAGAUUAAAACUAUUCUCAGUGGCUUUAUUAUCAGAGGCUACUUGGGAAAAUGGACCUUGAUGAUAAAGACCAUCACUCUGGUUUUGGCUGUGGCAUCUGGGUUGAGUUUGGGGAAAGAGGGCCCCCUAGUGCACGUGGCCUGCUGCUGCGGAAACAUCUUCUCCUACCUCUUCCCUAAAUACAGCAAGAAUGAAGCCAAGAAACGAGAGGUCCUCUCGGCGGCCUCUGCUGCGGGCGUGUCUGUGGCUUUUGGGGCGCCCAUCGGAGGAGUGCUCUUCAGUUUAGAGGAGGUGAGUUACUACUUCCCUCUGAAGACCCUGUGGCGUUCAUUCGCUGCUCUGGUGGCUGCAUUCGUGCUGCGCUCCAUAAACCCGUUUGGUAACAGUCGUCUGGUGCUGUUCUACGUGGAGUACCACACGCCCUGGUACCUGUUUGAGCUCCUCCCCUUCAUCCUUCUCGGGGUGUUCGGGGGGCUCUGGGGGGCCUUCUUCAUCCGGGCCAACAUCGCCUGGUGCAGACGCCGCAAGUCCACAAGAUUUGGGAAGUAUCCUGUCCUGGAGGUGAUUUUGGUUGCUGCCAUCACAGCGGUGGUGGCCUUUCCAAACCCGUACACGCGCCAGAACACGAGUGAGCUGAUCAAAGAGCUGUUCACAGACUGCGGCCCCCUAGAGUCCUCUCAGCUGUGUCAGUACAGGAGCCAAAUGAACGGCAGCAAAGCGUUCACAGACAACCCCAACAGACCCGCGGGACCAGGCGUCUACUCCGCCAUGUGGCAACUGUGUCUCGCCCUCAUCUUCAAAAUCAUCAUGACUAUAUUCACUUUUGGACUCAAGGUCCCCUCUGGUCUGUUCAUUCCCAGUAUGGCCAUAGGCGCCAUAGCAGGGAGGAUUGUGGGAAUUGCGGUGGAGCAGUUGGCUUAUUACCAUCACGACUGGUUCCUGUUCAAAGAGUGGUGCGAGGUGGGGGCCGACUGCAUCACUCCAGGGCUGUACGCCAUGGUGGGAGCCGCUGCAUGUCUGGGCGGUGUGACCCGUAUGACCGUAUCAUUGGUGGUCAUCGUGUUCGAGCUGACCGGCGGUCUGGAGUACAUCGUCCCUCUGAUGGCGGCAGUCAUGACCAGUAAGUGGGUGGGCGAUGCGUUUGGGCGUGAGGGCAUCUAUGAGGCCCACAUCAGACUGAACGGAUACCCGUUUUUGGACGCGAAAGAGGAGUUCACGCACACGACCCUGGCCCGCGAGGUGAUGAGGCCACGCCGCAGUGACCCGCCCCUCGCUGUGCUGACCCAGGACGACCUGACUGUGGAGGAGCUGCAGGCCAUCAUCAAUGAGACAAGUUAUAAUGGCUUCCCUGUGAUCGUGUCCAAGGAGUCACAGAGGCUGGUGGGCUUUGCUCUGCGCAGGGACAUCACUAUCGCUAUAGAAAACGCUCGCCGUAAACAGGAGGGCAUCAUGCUGAACUCGCGGGUUUACUUCACACAGCAUGCGCCCACGCUCCCGGCCGACAGCCCCCGGCCGCUAAAGCUGCGCUCCAUCCUGGACAUGAGCCCCUUUACCGUCACCGACCACACCCCCAUGGAGAUCGUGGUCGACAUCUUCAGGAAACUGGGGCUACGGCAGUGUCUCGUCACGCACAACGGGAUUGUGUUGGGCAUCAUCACAAAGAAGAAUAUUUUAGAGCAUCUGGAGGAGGUCAAGCAGCGAGUCCCGCCCCUGGCGACUUCUUGGUAUUAUCACAAAAAAAGAUAUUCUUCGUCACAUGGCUCAAAUGUCAAACCAGGAUCCAGAGUCCAUCAUGUUCAACUGAUCCGAUCUUUCCACGAAGAUGACGAUGAAGAAGGAGAAGAAGAGGAGGAGGAGGAGGCUAUUUUACUCUUGGACGGCUCCAACUCCUGACAUUUGGAGGACCUAGUUGUGUUUUUCGUGUGUUUUUAGCGCUGCGGACUGCUGAACUGUCGAUACCUUUCGUAACAGGGACCUCCGGUGGUUGCGAGGGGGAAUGACAAUGAUAAAACUAUGAAGUAAAAAUAUCAUUGCAGCUGCUGACUGAGCUCACUGGAAGAAGAAGGCACUUUCUUUGUAAAACACACUUUGGUUUUUUGCACCUGGGUCUUGCAUGAAAACUGUCCACUCCUCCCAGUUUACCGUAAUGCAGAAGAUAAGGGCGCAUCCCAUUUCUUAAAACUCACCUCCUUCGAUUCCUCUGCUUUUAAUUAAGUCCUGUCCCUUAAGGAGAAAAGUCCAUGUUAAACCCCAUCUCAUACAUACAGGGAUGACAUUCAUUUGUAAUAUAAAUUUUACAUUUAUUGGUCAUUAUAAGGUGUGGUUUUAUGUCACAAACCAGGAAGACGUUUAGAAACAUGCGAUGAGAACUUCCGGCGUAGUUCCCGACACUGGGCUCAGCGACCGACUGAAGUAAAUGUGAUCAACGGUAAAAUGAAGACUGCAAACGUUAGGUGCUUCUUUGAAAUAAUCUUGAAUUUGUCGCUCUCGUCUCUCUCGCUUUUGUGUACCCAGUGCACUCGGAGUUGUGUGUCAGUCGGGAAAUGAUGACAAAUGAGGUAUGGUUGUAAUUCUUGAUCAGCCAAACAUAACAGAACGCGACAAUGACAUUUAGAUGAAGAAAACUGGGCCAUUUUCUCAUUUUUCCUAGAUUUUGUCAGAUUUAUGACCACGAACAGAGCCUGCCGGAAGUUGUAAUCUCAUCUUUCUGAACGUCCUCCUGGUUUAUGACCUAAGUGUGAAUAGAGCCUGUUAAAAGCAACUGUGUCUAAAUGAAAUGUCAUCUCCAAAAUGCUAAACAUUCAUUUCUGUUUUAUAAUAUAAUUUCAAAGCUUUUCAUUCACAAACAAAAUUAAUAAUUCUAAACAAAGCAAUUAAACCCAAUGUCUUUUUAAAGAAAUGUUAUUGGGUAUCAAAAUGAUCUUGUAAACCUUUGCUCUGUUUGGCAGUGUGGAGAUCACAUUAGAAUAAAAUGUAAUAAUUUUAUCCUAAUUUUGUUUCCACACUAGGAUAAAAUGUGAUAUUUAUUGAUCAAUAACAUCGUAAAUAAAUAAUAACAGUGACACUACGUCCACACUGCAACAUCUUUUCUCCUUUAUUCGCUUCUCUUGAAAGGGCAGGACUGAAAUCAGAGGAAUCAAGAGUUCAUUCAGAUUUCGAUGAGGUAGUUUUGAGAAAUUGGACACACCCAACGGAUCCACAGUUACACUCUCCGUGUGCCUCAACCACUUCCUGUCCCUUCAACACCUGGCAGGGGUCAAAGGUCACGAUGAAACGCAGAAACAAUGACGCGAUGAGAGACUGAGGAAACCCUCCAGGAACAAACCACCAAAAUCUCACAAACGUAAAUAUCCGUCCAAUGUGAGCCACUGUCACAAAUGAGUUUCAACCAAUCUUUUUAUUUUGUUUUUAUUUUUGACGUAAUUGUCCCGAUGUGAAUGUGUCCUCUGCGUUUGACCCGUCAGUCUAGGGCUGGGCCGAUACCUCGAUAUACAGGCCACAAUAUGAUACAGCACACUUAAGAAUUCGAUAUACUUCAAAUCAGGCUAAAUCAUGAUUAUGAUACUAAAAGUCUAAGUUCAUUAAGUUUGUGCAAAGUUAAUGUUAUCAGGUAUCAUUUAACAAAAAACUCUUAUAGGCACUGGAAAACUCGUAUGAUCAUUGCUGCAAAUCGAACACACAUCAGGAUCGUGAGAAGAGGAACAUUACAUACAAAAAACACCAAAUUUACUCAUCAAAACAUUGAAAAUAUCAACAUAAUUGUAGCUUUUACACAAAACAAUUUAGUCAAAUAUCUAAAAAUACUAGAUAUAUCGAUACAGCAGCCCACAAUACCGAUACUGUAUCAUCAAAUUAAACCAUACGAUAUAUCGAUACACCCCCACAUCAGUCAGUGCUAUGAGGGUUAAACCAAACGCGCCAGAUUUUGAGCAGGAUCUUGAAUAAGCGGUUUUACGUUACAGUUUGAGGAUUUAAUGAAUAUAGUUACAGUGAGAAAGACUUAUUUUUUCAGAAGUGACACUACAGUGAAUCACUCACAUGUUACUUUUAAGCCAGAUGCCCUACUCCAUGACUGAGUCUAUCACUUAUUCCUUCUCAUGAAUAAAACAAGAAAACUGGAUUACCGUAGUAACUUUGAGAAUUAAAGCCGGGCGUACACUGUGUGAUUUUUGUUUUUUUUAAGUCGGUUUUCUGUGUCGUGCUUUGUGUAGUAAACAUGGGAUAACGAGAACCGAUUAAUACCUCAGGACCAGCUCCCAAGUGGCAAUCGCAGGUUGCAAGAAUUGAAAUCCCAUUGCCUCUCUUGACGGUUUCGCACUGUUGAAGUAGUUUCACAAUUACUGUUAACUAUUAAACCCUGUUAUUUGGUCGUACAGUUUGAGCUGGAACUGAGUGAAACAAUCGAAAAUAUCGCACAGUGUAUGUCGGGCAUUAAACAGUUAUGAAGUUUCAUUACGUUUUUUAUUCCUUAAACAUAACAUUUCUAUUUAAACUUGAAUUAAAACUGAUCAAACAUUUUAACAAACAGUGUAGUUAUAGUGAGAAAGACUUUUUUUUUUUAAAUAUAUUUUUUUCAGAAGUGACACUACAGCAAAUCACGAAUCUUCUCACAAAUAAAACAAGAAGAGUGGAUUACCCUACUAACUUUGAGAAUUAAAGCCGGGCGUACACUGUGCAAUUUUUGGCACUUUUUGAGCCGAUUUUUCACUCGUGCAACUGUUUUUGGGAUCGAGUUUCAGCUUAAUCGUGUGUCGUGCUUCAUUUAGUAUACAUGGGGUAACGAGAACCGAUUAAUACCUCAGGACCAGCUCCCGAUCGGCAAUCGUAGGUCACAAGAAUAUCAAACCUGUUUGAAAUCCAGCCGCCUCUCGUGACGGUUUCGCUCUGUUGAAGUAGUUCCACGAUCUGUGAACUUUUAAACCGUGAUUUGGUUGUACAGUUUGACCUUGGUCUGAGUGAAAUUUAUCAAAAAUAUUGCACAGUAUACGUCCGGCAUGAAACAGUUAUGAAGUUUGAUUGUUUUUUUACUCCUUUUUCUAUUUAAACUUGAAUUAAAACUGAUCAAACAUUUUAACAAACAAUGAAGUUAUAGUGAGAAAGACGGAUAAAUGACGAAUAAAACAAGAAGAGUGGAUUACCAUAUGUUGAGAAUUAAAACAGUUAUGAAGUUUGAUUAUGUUUGGGUUUUUUUACAUUUCUAUUUAAACGUGAACUAAAACUGGUCAAACAUUUUACAACUGGAACUAAAGCCAUUUUGUGACAGUGGCCCCAAACUGCAGAGCUCGUUGUUUACCUGUGAAAUAAUAAUAUAAGAGUACCGUACGUGUGUGUGAGAGAACUGUGUCCAACCGGGUUAGCGCUACAUUCCAACCUCGUUACUACGGGCAACCAAAAAAAAAAGAACACGACCUUUUGACCUUUCGACCUUCACCUUGGUCCUCAUCAGAGCCGCCUGACCGAAUUGGAACUGCUUUAACGAACGCGUGAGAGAAAGUGAAAAAGAGAAUCACUGUUCGGGAUUUUGAAGUCUGGCUGUGUUAGAAAAUAAUUGUGCUUUUGUUCUUGAACUUUUUGUACCAAGUAGCAUCACUGAAAAUAUUUAGUUUUUUCAAAUGUGAGCUUAAAAAAACAAAACAAAGUGGAACCAAGUCAUGAUUACAGUAGCACUCAACCUGGGAAAAACAGGACUAAAAGAAUCCAACAGUGAACCAGGUCGGUCUAAAUCAGGCCUGAAUCAAGUCUAAUCCAGGACUCAGGGCUCCCACGGUCAUGGAAAAGUCAUGGAAAUUUGUAAAUUCAGUGAAAGUUUUGGAAAAAUCAUGGAAUUUUAGUAUCUCUUUCAAGUUAUUAUGAUUAUGUCCGAACGUCUGCACCUUUUGUUUAAGAAAAGACGACAAUAAAUGCACUGACAGUAUUUUGAAGUUAAAAAACUAUAAUACCAAACCAUAAAGUGGGUGGAAAGGAUUAACAUUUCAUAUUUAGUCCUAAAAGUCUGAUCAAUUCUACACGUGUAGGUGCGUAAAGUAAUUGAAAAUUAAUUUUAGGUCGUGGAAAAGUUUUGAAAUUUUGUGGGAACCCUGAGGACUGUAUCAGGUCUAAACCAGGCCUAAAUCGGUGCUAAACUCGUCAAUAGAUUCUGUAGUAGUUUUAAACACUUAAACCCAAAUUGAUAAAUGACUAACUAACAAAUAAUUCAAGGGUAAUUGGUUUCUAUAGCAUAUUUUACCAAGUUAAAUUGUAGAUUAAUGUGUUGAGUUUUAGCUGUUGCUUGUAGGUACUAAACAUGGCCAAUCAUUUUUAAACAAAACCAGCAAAAUCCAAACUUUUCUCAAUAAUAAUAAUAAUAAUUUCAAUAAAAUUCUACUACUACAACCACUACUACUGUUACUACAACUACAUGUGAAGCUUACUAUACUACUAUUACUUUAAAAUCGACAUCUUUUGCUACCAUUUUUCAUCAUUUUAUCAUCAAACCCAAACUUUUUCUUCUUUUACCAUCGAAAUAUUUUCUUCCUGAAGUUAAAACGUGAAGUCUUUAUUUGGGAGAGUGAAUUUCGAGCCACGCUGAGCCAAAUCCAAUGUCAAACUUGAGUGUUCGUUAUGAAGGUGAGUGACUGCAACGUUUGUGUGAGAAGAAAAAAGGAAAAUGUAUCUGAGAAAAACUGCGCACUAAUACAUGUUUCCGUCAAUGUACAUGGGAAAAACUGGAAUUAUCUUUUACAAUUUUUGCUAAACUUGCUACUAAAAUACACUCCAUUUGUCUGAAUAGAAAAAGUUUGUCAAAAUCUUUAAAAAAAAAAGCUAAAUUCUGAGGGUUAAUUUGCUGUUUAAUUCAAAUACCAACAUUAUGAUUGUGAAUUAAAAGCUAUUUUAAUCAAUAUUAGUGUCCAUUAUUUUAAUUUGUAAACUCAGAUUCUGUACUUUUUUAUUCUUUUAGAUUGUGUAUUGCAAAUAUAGGUACUGUCCACUAAACUUUGAAAACAGUGGGUAGGAAAAUGACAAAGUAAAAGUACUACUAUUACUACAUUACCACUAUUUCUACUCCUCGCUUAUUCUUUAAACACAAAAAACUUCUGCUCGAGUCAUUUCUCAAAGUGCUAAUAAUAAAAUUGAAGGGAAAAGUGGCACCUUAUUCCGUGUUUCGGCAUUUGUGUAAAACCGUCGUGUUGCCUCAUUCACAUUUCUUACAAAUCUCGAUGUUUUUUCCUUUUUUUUAAUUUAUGGAAACUAGUGUCGAUAAAGUUGUGCAUUAAAUAUGAAGAAUUUUAUGUAUGAUUACUACAUUGUUUGAUUGUACAUUUGAAAAACAAAAAUAUGUAAAGAUUAAAUUUUGUUUUAAAUUAAAAUGAAAGCUGAA